UUAAUUAUCAUUUACUCCCCAGUAACAAUCCAUUAUAUAAGAAACUUGAUAAACGAUAGAUUUAUUCUAAUUGAAAUUGACUAUCUUUAAAGCUAUUUCAUUUUCUCUCAUUAAAGCCAUGGGAAGCAGUUCAGUUCUCUCAGGUAUAGCUAAGAGAUUGGAAGGCAAAGUAGCCCUAAUUACAGGUGGAGCAGGAGGGCUUGGAUCCGCUACAGCGGACUUAUUUUGUCAACAUGGUGCUAAAGUCUUGAUUGCUGACAUCAAAGAUGAUCAGAGCCAUACGAUCUGCAAAAACAUAUCUCCAUCAAAUGCUUCUUUCAUCCACUGUGAUGUUACAAAUGAAUCAGACGUCCAAAAUGCAGUUAACAGGGCAGUUUCAAUGCACGGAAAACUUGACAUCAUGUUCAACAAUGCAGGCAUCAUGGACGUUAAAAAACCCGACAUUCUAACUAAUGAUCGAGCCGAUUUUGAAAACAUUCUUCGAGUAAAUGUCACAGGUGCAUUUUUGGGAACUAAGCACGCUGCACGAGUCAUGAAACCGGUCGGCCAAGGGAGCAUAAUCAACACAACUAGUGUUUGUUCGGUUAUGGGGGGCGUUGCUACGCAUGCUUAUACAUGUUCCAAGCAUGCACUGUUGGGUCUUACCAGGAACACUGCGGUUGAGUUAGGACAACAUGGGAUUCGAGUUAAUUGUGUGUCACCAUAUGCAUUUCCUUCAUAUCAAUCGAGGACAUUGUUAGGGCUAAAAGAGAAUGAAUGGCUGGAUGAUAAAUAUUCAAAUUUGAAGGCGGAGGAUGUGGCUCAAUGUGUCGUGUAUUUAGCAAGUGAUGAAUCUAAGCUUGUGAAUGGGCAUAAUUUGAUGAUAGAUGGAGGUUUUACACUUGUAAAUUCAACUCUUACAAUGUUUUCUUAAUAAAACAAAAUGUACUUCUAAUCGA